AACAGCUUGAAUGCCUAGUAUAGGCUGCUGUGCCCUGAUCUAUAGCUGUGUUCAAGCUCUCGCACAUUCGCCGCAGUGCUACGCUGCCGUGCUCGCCAACUCUGCGGCUCCCAGAGCUAACAGCUCCCAGUACUAUUCACAAUCUAGCCUUCGGCUUUCCUAAUACACACCUGCCCCCGAUCACGAUUAACCAGUCGUGAGCGACGUUCAACCACCAAUGCCUUCUCAACCUACCGCUAAAGGCUGGGACUUCGGCUCCGUCUUCGACCUCAUCGAUUCUUCAGACGUACACGAUGUCGGCUCUCCCAAGCUCGAGACACGCACCCCUCUCGUCAGACCGAGCCUAGCAGCUCCAGAUGGCGGCAUACGUUUAGGCAGCUUUGUGAAGCUGUUUGAAGAUCUCGGCAUAGCAGACGAUGCACCGCUGCCUCCGCUGUCACUGUCGCCUUCGGACCCAGAUUCCGGCAUUAGCAACGCUGGCGAUGCGCUGCUACCUUCUCCACAAUUCGAGCAAGACACAAACCUAUCUGAGCCUACCACAGGCACCGACGAUACACGGGUCGUGUUGACUAAGAAGCAACGCAAGCGAGCCCGUCAGCAGGUCGAGAAGGAGCACGAACAGAAGCUGCAGGAACAGAAACUGCAAGCACAAAAACACCAAGGAAAGGGACCGUUCAAGGAGGCCCAACGCAAGCAGCUGCAGAAACAGCUUGAAUGCGUCUUUGGAGCGAGAUCCACUGCAGCUCCACCUGCACCGAGCCUGCCACCCAAGGUCCCGGAGAUCGAGCAGACCCCAUCGAAAAAGUCUCGCAGUCGCUCCCCAUCGAAGCAGCUACCUACUGAUGCGCUCACUAAGCCGGCUCUGUCCGACUCAUCUAUCAGAACAUCUCGACCGACAUCUCCUGUGAAGCAGAUUCAUGCUCAGUCGCGUUCCAACGUGGGAGCUAAGAUCAGACCCGCUACUCCUGUUCCUGUGGUUGAGACACCCCCAGUUACCUCACCACAGAAGAAGAAGAAUCGAGAGACACCGGCGCCUGUCGAGUCACAGCGUCCUACUCUCAACCAGCGAGUGAGCUCUACUACGCAGGUAGCAACACCACAAACACAACCUGUACAGAACCAUACGCAAAACACACGACCAGUCACACCUACUCCGUUCGAGUAUAGUGCAGGCCACGGUCUCGUGCCGCGAACCGUUCGUCCUGUUACCCUUCCACGAUCUUCGCAGCCUGCCGUGAUUGCACAGCCUUCGACACCGACACCUGUUGUCGUUGCCACUUCCACUCCCGCACGAAACUUCACCACCCCUUACAGCGCCCCUGAGGCAAUCACGAUCAGGCCAUCGGUCGAACGACACAUUCACUUCCAUACCAAACUUCUCAACACUUUCCCCGAGGAUACAAAAUACAUUGUUGCACCUCGGCAGUUGGUCAAUGAGAAGACUAUGGCUGAAGGCAUACACAUCUUCGUCGAUGCGUCCAACAUCAUGAUCGGAUUCAAGGACAUACUACGUAAGUACGGGAUACGUCAACACGAUAUGGCUUUCGACAGCCUUGCUCUACUUCUGGAACGCCGUCGACCAGUCGCAAAGCGCGUCUUCGCCGGAUCACACCGCGAGGCCAACCCUCUACCACAAAUCAAGAAGCUUGUCGAGACCUCCAAGGCGGUGGGAUACGAGAGCAUCCUACAAGAACAAGUCUUCAUAAGCAGAGACGACUCCGAGAAGAAGAAAUUCUUCGACGAUGUCAAGAGACUGGGCUGGCACAAGGCUCAACAAUUACGCUCUGGCAGCGGCAGCGACUCUGAAACGGGUCCGCCGGCUCCAAAGACUCUCUCCGCCCCGAGAUGGGUGGAGCAGGGUGUCGACGAGAUUCUUCACUUGAAGAUGUGCCAGAGCAUACUUGAUACCGAUGUGCCGAGCACGAUGGUGCUUGCGACUGGCGACGGUGCCGAGGCAGAGAUGUCGGAUGGCUUCCUUGCUCAUGUCGAGCGUGCGCUUAAGCGGGGCUGGAAGAUCGAAUUGAUCAGCUGGAGACAGCAGCUCAACGGAGGAUACAGGAAUAAGAAGUUUAGGGCUAAGUGGGCUGAGCAGUUCAAGAUUAUUGAGCUAGACGAGUUUGUGGAGGAUUUGAUUGAUACCGCGUAGUUGGCUUUGGAGUGACUGAGGUCCUGCUAUGUUGAGCAUAUACGAAUCAUGGCAGGCGUUUGGUUGUUGUUUGUUUCAAUGCGUUUUGGUGUAGGGUUUUGGUUUUCGAGCAUAGCAUGCAUAUGGUGGCAUCACGAUGGAUGUCUUCACGAUAGCGACGGUCUGCAGCAUUGUCAUCAUGAGCACAUUCAUUCAUAUUUGUCAACUUAACUUGCGUUACUCUUCAAAUGCAUU